AGAGUGUAACGCGCCCUUGGCUUACGGAAGCCGAAUAAGGGCGCUUCCUGUCACAGCGCCCGUUUCCAAAGUGGCCGAUGCAGCCUCAGUCGCACCCGCCUGCGCAAGAAGGAGCGACUAAGGACUGCUGUCGGGAUGUUGCGGGCAGCGCUGGGCCGCGCGCCGACAUUACUUCGUAGUGUGCCGACCCAGGAUCUCAGACUUGGGCAGCUUUGGCAUUCAGGGUCUCUCCUGAGAACCUUGGGGAGAUGUCGGGGCUGGGCCCGGGGCUGGCGGAGCUCGAGCUCCAUGCCGGGAUCAGGGCAUGUGACAGCACUGGGGCGCGUACAAGUGGACCACUACCAGCUCAUUUACACCUGCAAGCCAGGUCUGUGGGACUCGGUCAUCCAAGCGCAUCUCAAAGUUGGCCUAUCACCAAGGCGUGGUCAUCGUGACUUGCCCUGGCUGCCAGAACCACCAUAUCAUCGCAGACAACCUAGGCUGGUUCUCUGACCUGAAGGGCAAGAGGUGAGGCCGGCUGGGAAGAAACAUUGAAGAGAUCCUAGCAGCCAGAGGAGAGGAGGUGCACCGGGUGUCUGGUGACGAUGCCCUGGAACUGAUUCUGGAGGCUGCUGAACCACCUGCUACCCCAGAAGGGGGUGAGGAUCCCAACCACCCUGGCAAAAUGGAACAGAGCUGACCUAUGUACUCCUGCCGCUGUAGACUCACAAAAGUCGCUCUACUCACCUGGAGCUUCUCAA